AUGGGAGGGGUGACAUCGAGCGUGGCGGCGAAGUUCGCCUUCUUCCCACCAAGCCCGCCGUCGUAUAAGCUGGUGGCGGACGAUUUGACGGGGCUCAUGAAGCUGAGCCGCUUCCCCCACCGGGAAAACGUCGAAGUCCUGCAGCUCCCCACUCGGCGGGGAAACGAGAUCGUCGCCAUCUACGUCCGCUACCCCAUGGCCACCUCCACCUUGCUCUAUUCUCACGGCAACGCAGCUGACCUCGGCCAGAUGUACGAGCUCUUCAUCGAGCUCAGCAUCCACCUUCGCAUCAACCUCCUUGGGUAUGUCCCCUCUUCUUCCCUUGUGCUAAUUUACACAAUUCGGCUCGAUCGUUCUGCAACUCGUUCAAAUCCAGCUGAGUAUCUCCCGUUUUUGCUCCUUUCCUCUCCAAGAUGAAACCCAAAUCGAUUUCUGCGCUGCCCUCUUCCUCUCUGGAUCCAAUCCCCAUGACGGCUCUGCGGAGGAACCUGGAGCUGUGACCAAUUUCAAGUCAUUUGUGUCGAAUCCGUUGCGGCGGGACGCUGCUUUCCUUUCCAUUUUUUGGAUGCACACACCCCGAAUAUUUCCCACAAAAAAUCAUUUUUUUAUUACUUCACUGUGGGACGAAUUCAUCGACGGAACGUCUCUGUUGGGCUUCCUCGUUUGCCUCGUGAGAUUUUUUCCAUGCAUCAUGACGGUGGCGCGCAGUUUAUUUCGCAUGUUCCACCAUGAAUGCGUAGCUAAAUCAUCAUACGAAACUUGCUCUUUCCUUUUGUGUUUCUCGGCUUAGAACUCGGCUCAGGGAAGAACGCUGAUGAUCUUAGCAAGUCAAUUUCCAAAUCUGGAAAGAGAAACUUAAAUCGAUUCGCAGCUUGAUCGAGUGGAGUUCGAUGGUUUUUCUGCAAGCCCUGGUCAUAAAGUUCUAGAAAAUAAAAUUUUCUAGGCACAUUAUUGUUGAUGUGAGCAGUCUUGAUUCCUCGAACCACCUCGAACUCAGUUCUUCGGAAUUAAGCUUUUCGGAUGAAAUGUUUCAUGCUAAUUCCAGUUUACAUCUACAGAUCUGUCUCUGUUUUGGCCGGGUUCACAUCCUUUGGGAUUAAUUUGAUGAUAUUCUGGUUGAAAGCACACACAUCAACAAUAUGAAGCCCUUAAAAACAUCCCAAUUCUAUGGAGAAAUAUCAAGUACCAAAGAUGAAAUAUUUAUUUUUCAGGAUGGUAAUGCCAAGAACACCUAAAGUGAAAAAAAAAAAGGAAAAAGUUUUCCUCCCCGUCAUCUUGUUCAUCAUUCCCUUGGGUUAUGUAUAUUAAAUUCGAUAAAAGAUGAAAAAUGGGUGCCACGUUAUAUUGCAAUUAGAUGAAAGAUUAAGAAUCUGAGUUCACUUCGUCCUGGAACCCUCAGACUUUGCAAAUGAUUGCAAAUAAAAAAGCUAGAUUUCCUAGAGAGAGCACCACCUAUGACAGUAUCCUUUUUUGCCAAGUAAUCUUGCUGGGCUCACUCAUGGUUGCCGUCUGUGUAGGUAUGAUUACUCCGGAUACGGGCAGUCUUCUGGAAAGGUCAGCCACCAUUUCACUACCAGAAUCAACAUUUUCUGGUGAAUUUGCUCAUAACUUUCUCCUCUCUCUCUCUCUCUCUCUCUCUAGGCAAGUGAGCAGAACACGUAUGCUGACAUUGAAGCUGCCUACCAAUGGCUGCAAAAGAGCUAUGGAGUCAAGGAAGAGGACAUAAUCCUCUACGGGCAGUCUCUCGGGAGUGGGCCAACAUUGGAUCUCGCCACUCGCUUACCCAAUUUGAGAGCUGUAAUCCUUCACAGUCCAAUACUCUCGGGUUUGAGAGUCAUGUACCCUGUGAAGCGUUCAUACUGGUUUGACAUCUACAAGGUUAGCUCUUCUGAGGCUGCGACUGUAGAUAUUGUCCAACUUCCUUAGAAAAAAAUUGUGUUUUGACAAUUUAGAUGAAUCUCUUGCAGAAUAUUGACAAAAUCCCGUCGGUCAACUGUCCUGUCUUGGUGAUUCAUGUAAGUUUUUUCCUUCUUAUGGCAUGAAUGAACUGGGUUCUUUCUGUACGUGUAUGCAUGGUUCAUUUCAUCCAUAUGGGUGAUAGUUUUCUUUUUCCUCAGCCUGGUCAACUGAUUGACUGGAUCUUAUACAUCAUUUGGAAGGGUGAAUUGCCGUUUUAGAGGCUUAGGAUUUUAACCCAGUUGGUAUGAUCAGCAUGAGGUGAUCUUGGUAGGAUAUUCCCAUUUGGGAAACAAUCACCAAGGAUUAUCUUCGUUUCAGUCCGGGAAUCCUGGUGUUUGAGCCAGACCUAUUUUUGUGUUAAAUACAGACCCUGGCUGUGGUGCUAUUGAUUUUUUAAUAUAUUUUUGGUUUGUGAGAGUCCACUAGUAGAGGAUCAUAAAUAAAUGCAUGAUUCUGAUCUUAUGAAUGAAAUUUAAUACGUUUGUGAUUCUUUUGGCAUAUUUCUUGUUUCUUUAUUUAUUUAUGGGAGACUUUUUUUAUGUUAUUUUUUUCUGUUUGGAAUUCUUUAUUAUUGACUAUUCUACCAAGAUCAUUACGUUCGAUAAAUAAGGAAAAGCGUUUUUUCACACGUAUGGCAUUUUCUCCCAAAAAAAGAAAAAAAAUAGUCGUUGAUGGUGAUGCAAAAAUAAAAAUGUUUUAUUUUUUUUUCAUUGGGCCAAUUUUUGAUAUAUUUUUUAAUAAGACUGCACAGUAUAUGAAUGUAUUUUGGUUAGAUUAAACAUUUCUGAUUUACAUCCAUGCAUAUUUCUCAACUAUAUUUGACUUAUAUUCCAGUUGUUGGAGCCUCCAUGAAUAAAUAAUUAGUCAACCUAAAAAAUAUAAAAAAUAAAAAUAAAAAUAUCAGCUUCCUCUUCUUUAAACGCUUAGUCUUACAGAAAUACUCCUAUGGAUUCUUUCUAGCAGUAUUUCUGUCAUCUGCACUCCGGAGCCCCAAAUGUUUCUUGGUGGCUUCUCCAUGAGUUUGACUUUCCCCAAUUAAGCAUUGUAGUCAUCUGCCAUCUUGACCCAAACUAAGAUUGGUAAAGUCAAAUGAAUUUUUCCUAGAAUGGUCUGACUGAGAUGUGAUCACCAAGAAAAUGGUCAACUCACACUCUGAAGCUUGGUUCAAAGGAAAAAGUUUGACCGUUGAAAUUCAUGAUGCUGCUAUGAGAGGGCCAUGCCCCAUGGAAAACAGAGCAUAAGGUCCUCUCUUUGACGUUUCCCACCAGUAGCACUUGCCAAGGCCCAAGAAAAAGUCAACAAACUAUCAAAGCCUAUUCUAUUAGAGGUAAGUCCACUGUUGGAUGAUCACAAAGUUUACACUCAGGAGUUGAAUCGAUGGUAAUUAUUAUUUUCAUUCACAAGAUAACAUAAGGUCGCUAUGAAUCAGAUGCUGUGACCUUAAUUCCGGUGAAAAUCUUUUAUAAUGUGAUGUGGGUUGCCACUUGAAGCAUACAUAUUACACAUAUUUAAGAUUAAACUGAAUCGAUCGUAAUAAUCCAUGGAAAAUUGCCCGCCCUGUGAAUAUGAAGACAGAAAGCCCAUUUGAAAAGGCACAAUUUUUAAUUCAUAUGUGCCAUCCAUGCUCACUUUGUUCUCGGUGUAACCUGAGGCGAUGAAGAACUGCUUCACCUCCAUGAUCAUCUCAACCAACAUUUAUAGCAUUGAUUAUCCCCGAAAAAUCACAUAUUUAAGAUGGUUCCUAGAAUCUGAGCUGGCCCUCAGUCUCAACUGAUCCAUUCCUUGGAAACCAUUUAAGUUCUCAGCAGAGAAAUUUCAAGCAUUAGUAUUUGUUGUGUUGAGUCAUUUCCUGGUUUUUUUUUUUUUUUUUUUCUUUCUCUGUUCCUGUGAUUUCGUGGGAAGCAGGUCUCUUAGAACCGCAUUAUGUUUGCAAGAAAUGGCAUGAAUUUAUGAACAGCGUGAGUUUUGUAUGGUUUUUAGUGAUAUUUUUCUGCUGAAACUAUGCCGAACAUCAUCGCUUGAAAGUGCAGUAAAUAUCCAUGUUUCAGUAAGCAAACCAGAUGGGUAGAGAGAGAAAUUCAUGUGUGAUUCACAGGAUUUCGAUCGAUUUCUCACGCGGCUUCACGAGAUUCAUGGUGAGGGCGUGAUUCGUUGACGGCGGUCCUGUUUGUGAUUCCGCAGGGCACCUCGGACGAGGUGGUGAACUGGUCCCAUGGGAAGCAGCUGUGGGAGCUCUGCAAGCAGAAGUACGACCCACUAUGGCUCAAGGGCGGCCGUCACUGCGACCUUGAGCACUUCCCCGAGUACAUCCGGCACUUGAAGAAGUUCAUAGCGGCGGUGGAGAAGUCCCCUCCCUUUCAGAGCUCGUGGAGGAGCGGUGGCGGCAUUGAGCGCCCGCGGCACAGCGCGGACCUGUGCGAGGCGUCGCGGCGGAGCACCGACCGCCGGGAGAGGCCGAGGCCCAGCGUGGACCAGCCCAGAGAGAAGGAGCGCAGGGGCGGCGGCGUGGAGAAGCUGAAGCUGCCAUUCGAACCAACGGAGAAGUCGCGGAGGAGCGUCGAUUACCUGGAGAAGGGGAGGAAGAAGGCGGAGAAGCCGGAGAAGGCGAGGAAGAGCGUGGACCGGUUCAGCAGGAUACGGACGGGGUGA